CGCGCGGGCGCCGCGGGCACCUGCCCGGCUCGCCCUGCCCUGCCCGGGUGUCACCUUCGCGCGCGCCGCCCGGGGGACCCUACCGGGCCAUGGCCCCGCCGUCCUCCCAGCCCGCACGCCGGGGACAGGUGCUGCGGGCGCCGCCGCUCGCCUGGAAAUGCGAGCUACCUGGACAGGACUCACAGAAACCCUCGGUACCCAGCCAUGGGCCAGAGACACCAUCAGGCAAACAGGUGAAGCCUGCACAGCCAGCCCUGUCCCGCAAGUGGAAGCAGGACCGUGAGCCGUCUCUGGCAGCCGCCUACGUGCCGGUGGUGUUGGAUCCCCAGGGGCAGAACCGGGACAAGCUCAGGUUCAAGUUCUACACCUCCCAGUAUUCCAACUCUCUGAACCCCUUCUACACCUUGCAGAAACCUACCUGCGGCUACCUGUACCGCCGGGACACUGACCACACUCGCAAACGCUUCGACGUGCCUCCUGCCAACGUGGUCUUAUGGCGCGCCUAGGCUGGUGCCAGCCAGAAGCCCUCCGCACCGUACCUGCCUCCCUGAGGCCGCCGGUCCCAGAGGGAAAGGGCUGAGUGCUCCAGGAGGA